GCCAACAGAACGCUGCUGGGUGCUACAAGGAAGUCGCAAAGGGGCACCCGCGGCGUGCCCCCCCCCCCCCCUCCAUCAACAUUGCAGGCGCACAGUAGCAGCGUCAUGGGGGACGAAACGGCGGAAGAGUUAAACUGUUCGUCAUCAUGGCCACUUCUUCACAGUGAGUCGCUUCCAUCGGACGCGGACUCUGGCUAUGAACCAUCGCCCGCAUUCAGCUCGGCCCGAGCGACGUUUGAGUGGCCACCCGCUAGCGAAUUCGACGCCGCCGUGGAACACAGCGAGAUGCGUUCGGCCGCCAUUCCGAUUCCGGGGCGAAGGCAGCAUCUGCCGCAGCCGCUGUGGCCCAGCGACACGGUGGACGUUGCGACGCAGACGUCGUCGCUCGGUGAGUGGCCGACCAGCGAGGCCGCUCACCCCGGCGGCAAUCCCCCCCGGCCGACCCCUGACCUGCUCUUCUUGCCUCCUCCCCUGUUCUCCGCCACCCUGGUGAACCUCGUGGGGACCACGCUACCGCCCGACCUGGUGCCCAGAAUCGAGGAGCAACAGCGGGUACCCAGCUAUCCCUCGGUUAUGGCCGGAGUGCAGCUGCGACGCAUCGCUGAUGACUUCGCGCGCCGGAGGCCUCCCAAUGGCCGGAGGCGGUCUUUUCCUCUCUCGUUCUUCCGCUUCGACUAGCCGUGCUGUGUUGGAUGCAUCCAAGUGCCUUCAAGAACGUGUUCAGACUUGUCUCCACGGGUGCGAGCUAGCAGCAGUUUCAUACCAUCGUUGCUGUACCUUUGUUCACAGUGACUGUACAGCUCUGCAAUCAUGUGCGCGAACCACAAGACGAGGCUUUUUGGUCACGCGCUCUGAUUUAUCAUUGCGGAUAAGCGUUGUUGGCGCACACCGCCACUGUUUACGCGCUUGCUUGAAAGCAUGUGGUUUCUGAUGUCAUCACAUGUCAUCAAAGGGGCGCGUGCGUCCGUUUUCAUUUCUUCGGUACCACAUAACGUGUGUUCUUUACAACCCUUUCGUGCCAAGUGUUUUCCGUACGGCUUGUAGCAUGCCCAUCAUCCACUCGAGUGCAUAGAUGGGACACGAAGACGCCGACGAUGCUCACAACUACUGCUGCCGCGUGAUUCAUGGGCCAUGUCCCGUAGUGGCAAGGUUCUGUCCAUGGGUUCAGCCAUCCCGCUAGAACCCAACCAGCUACAGGCCUUCUUGUGUGCCUUCUUUAAACGUCGGUGGGGCUGUGGACCUAUUUCUCACUAUUUCGUGUUCCUGCUUCGUGGUCAAGAACGCGCUCCUUUGCGCCGACCGUGGGUGUGUCUCGUCCUCGUCAAGGAUUGCGUAAGAAAGCCUUUACAAUAAUUCUCGCGGCGACCUCUUUCGGACAGCGUAAGCAAACGAGUGUGUCCUCCGAGCUUCGAAGCGAUUGGGCGAGUGCCAGUUACGCCGCAUGCAUGCUGGCCUUGAAUCGACUCCGCCGCGGCUGUGUUGCCCUUUGACUCCGCGGAAGCGGGAACGAUCCAAGACCUUCAGCCAGCGCAUGAGGGCGCGUCUUGAGGCCUUCGUCCCCAAACGCAGCGACGCUUGUUUCCGAAGCCUUCUAUUUACAUGUUUCGGUGCCUUACUCCGUGCCGGCAACGUGUACGUUGCGAAAAUAUCUCUGAAAGGUAUUUUUAAGCUUAUGUAUUCUUAUAUAUCAGGGGAUGUGCAAAGUAUUUUUUUUCUUCUUUUUGCGCGUGUUUUAUAUCUAAGCACGCCGAAUGUGUGUGGGUGCUGGAUUUCGUUCGUCGCGUUCGUUAUUCCAUUCUCAAAAAUGUUGUGAUCAGUUUUACUGUGUACGGCAGCUCGCUCAGCUUGCUUUUAAUGAUAUUAGUAUAUGCACGAUUAUUGAUUUGGAAAUUUGAUCUCGUAUAUGCUGGCUUUUCUGCCGUGUGCAAGUGGAGCACCUGCAGCGGAGAGAUUCGCUCGUUGUAGCUGUUCUUACGAACACUGUUAUUUGUGUUCGCACGGAAGUUGUGUCAUGGAGGUUCAAGAACGUCAUCCACGCUCCACUGUUUGCACACCCCUGUAUCUAUAUUGACUGAAUAUGUAUUUUUGACAAUUUUAUGGGUGGCUGUCAUAAUAUGUAUUAGCCGCUCCGAUCUCAUUGCCUUUGUGAUAGUAAAUAAAAAAAUGCGAUUGUUUCUCGCCA